AUGGUCACCAGCACUUUCAUCUGGGGCAUCUGCUUCCUCUCCCAGACUUCAGUGGGACUGGUAGGGAACUCCCUCCCCCUCACAGUCCACGUCAUUCUGCUCCCCCUGAUCCAUGAACCUAAGCCCACAGACUUGAUUAUCACCCACAUGGCCCUGGUCCACGCCAUGAUGCUCUUCACCAGGGUGGUCACAAAGGCAGCGUCAGCCCACGGUCUGCAGCUGCUACAGACUGACAUCAGGUGUAAGGUGUUAGAAUCUGUCUACCGCGCUACACGUGGCACAUCCAUGGGCACCACCAACCCCCUGAGCGUGAUCCAGGCCAUCACCAUCAGCUCCAGCCACCCCUCCUGGGCCCGGCUCAAUGCCCAGUUGGCCAAGCAUGUCUUCCUGGCCUGUGUCAUCAUCAGGCUCAUCAACGUGCUCGUGGAAGCCACCCUUCUCAUGAAGAUGGUUUCAUCCCCCAACGUGACCAGCAGAGAAAACAGGUUCCAUGACAACUACUGCAUGGUGUCCCAGAUCAUCACGUCCAUUAGCGCUCUGCUCCAGGGGUUGUUUCUGACCCUCAUGACAGUCAGUGAUGUCCUCUCUUAG